AUGGCAGUUGGCGAUAGUAAAGAUGGUAAUGUUGCAGUGACGGAUGAUAUAAUUGUUAUCGUAAAACCAGCGAUAGUAGUUGAUGGUAGUGGUGGAGAUAAUGACGGGAGUAGAGGAGAUGUUACUGCUUUUGCUCUUGUAAUCAUUCGCCCCAUGCUAUUUGCAGAUAACGAUAUGGAUCGAAUGAACAUCCUCUUCCGCUAUUGUUAUUUAUAG